AUGCUUUCAAUUGAUUAUUUAGCUCUAGUCAUAUGUUUAUGUAUGCUAAAAAUUGUCGGAGGGUUCUUGGCUGGUACCCCACCGGUGUCAUUCGAAGUGACGUCCCUUUGUUUUGCAGUGCUUACCUGUUUUCAUGCAAGGAUAUCAAUGAAAAUUGUAGAUGAUAACGCGGUGACGAAGAUUGUUGGACACACACACAAACACACGCUGAGAGAGAUGAAGGCCAACUUCUUUUUGAUAACUGUUGUUGUCCUUGGAGUACUAGGAGUUAGCCAUGGAGGUGAGCUGAGGAAGAAUUUUUAUAAAAAGAGUUGUCCCCUCGCCGAGCAGAUCGUGAAGAACAUUACAUGGCAACAUGUGGCUAACAAUUCAGCUUUGCCUGCUAAGUUUCUAAGGAUGCAUUUUCAUGAUUGUUUUGUUAGGGGUUGUGAUGCCUCAGUGUUGAUAAACUCUACGACAAAUAACACAGCUGAAAAGGACGCAGUUCCAAACCAAUCAUUGGCUGGAUUCGAUGUUAUUCAUGAUAUAAAGACCCAAUUAGAGAAGACUUGUCCAGGGGUAGUUUCAUGCGCGGAUAUUGUCACCUUAGCUGCCAGAGACUCAGUUUCCUUCCAAUUCAAUAAAUCAAUGUGGGAAGUGCUAACUGGAAGAAGAGAUGGACGGAUUUCUCGUGUUUCGGAGGCCCUUGCCAACAUACCUUCGCCAUUCUCCAACUUCACCAUCCUCAAACAAGCUUUUGCCAACAAAACUCUCUCUCUCAAGGAUCUUGUUGUUUUAUCAGGUGCACACACCAUUGGUGUUGGACACUGCAGUUUCUUCAGCAACAGGCUGUACAAUUUCACCGGCAAAGGCGACGCAGAUCCUUCUCUGAACUCCACCUAUGCUGCUACAUUGAAAACCAAGUGCCAAAGCCUUUCAGACAACACAACUACAGUUGCAAUGGACCCCGGGAGUUCGCUAGCAUUCGACAACCAUUACUUCGCUAACUUGAAGCUGCGACAAGGCCUUUUCCAAUCUGAUGCUGCACUUUUAACCAACAAUGGUGCUAGCAACAUUGUGGAUGAGAUGCUGGUUGGCUCCGCGAAGUUCUUCACCGAGUUCAGCCAAUCGAUGAAGAGGAUGGGUGCCAUCGGUGUGCUCACUGGAACUUCAGGAGAGAUAAGGAGAAAGUGCAGUGUCGUUAAUUAA